AUAGUGCUCUUAGAACUCUCCACUCUCACAACACGACGACUUGACUCAGAUCACAACACUCUGCUUCUUCCUCUAAAUCAAAUGGGAGGAAAACAAGAUCCGACGACGGCGAAUGGGAGCCCGAAAUCGGAACCAACGGCGACGAAGAACACCACCCCAGAUCUGCUCAACAGCUUCUUCUCAUUCAAAUCCCUAAAACUGAAGACGAAGCAGCAGGAGCUACUGCUCCGCGUCUCGAUCCUCGGCCUAGUCUACGUCCUAGCCUUCAUCGCUCGCCUCUUCAGCGUCCUCCGCUACGAAUCCAUGAUCCACGAGUUCGAUCCCUAUUUCAACUACCGCACCACGCUCUUCCUCACGGAGAAAGGCUUCCACGAGUUCUGGAACUGGUUCGAUUCCGAGUCCUGGUACCCUCUCGGUAGGAUCAUCGGCGGCACGCUUUAUCCAGGUCUCAUGGUCACCGCCGCUCUGAUCUACUGGGCGCUGAGGUUCCUCCGCUUCUUCGUCCACAUCCGCGAGGUCUGCGUCCUGACGGCGCCGUUCUUCGCCUCCAACACCACCGUCGUCGCGUACUUCUUCGGUAAAGAGAUUUGGGACACGGGGGCUGGGCUCGUCGCCGCUGCUCUCAUCGCGAUAUGCCCUGGAUACAUCUCUCGGUCCGUUGCUGGAUCGUAUGACAACGAGGCGGUGGCGAUUUUCGCGCUUUUGUUGACGUUUUACCUCUUUGUUAAGGCGGUGAAGACGGGGUCUCUGUCGUGGGCUCUUGGCUCUGCGUUUGGUUACUUUUACAUGGUUUCGGCUUGGGGAGGAUAUGUCUUUAUUAUUAACUUGGUUCCUCUUUACGUCCUUGUGAUGUUGAUCACUGGAAGGUAUUCCAUGAGGCUGUACGUUGCGUAUAACUGUAUGUAUAUCUUGGGGAUGCUGCUUGCCAUGCAGAUUAGGUUCGUUGGGUUUCAACAUGUUCAAUCUGGUGAGCAUAUGGGUGCUAUGGGUGUCUUCUUGUUGAUGCAGGUGUUUUACUUCCUUGACUGGGUGAAGUACAAGCUCAAUGACACCAAGUUGUUCCAAACCUUUUUGAAGAUAACUGUCACAUCGGCCAUUCUGGUUGGUGGUAUUGCAUUGGGUGUUGGAACAGCAUCUGGCUAUAUAUCUCCAUGGACUGGUCGAUUCUACUCAUUGCUUGACCCCACUUAUGCAAAGGAUCACAUUCCCAUUAUUGCCUCUGUCUCUGAGCAUCAGCCUACGGCCUGGUCGUCUUUCAUGUUUGACUACCAUAUUCUGCUCUUCCUUUUCCCUGCCGGACUUUACUUCUGUUUCAAGCGUUUGUCAGAUGCUACGAUAUUUAUCGUCAUGUAUGGUCUCACCAGCUUGUACUUUGCUGGUGUCAUGGUUCGGCUUAUUCUCGUCGCCACUCCAGCGGUUUGCCUUAUCAGUGCCAUAGCUGUCUCCGCUACUGUCAAGAAUUUAACUUCUCUGUUAAGGACGAAACAAAAGGUUCCCCAGACUGGUUCAACGAAAGGAGUCGGUAGUUCAAAAUCCUCUUCAAAGGUUACACUUGAUCAGUCUCAACCUUUCCAGAAGAACGGUGCCAUUGCUCUUCUUGUGGGUGUAUUUUAUUUGCUCAGUAGAUAUGCUAUUCACUGCACAUGGGUGACAUCAGAGGCGUACUCAUCUCCCUCAAUUGUCCUAGCUGCAAGAGGAGCCCAUGGGAACAGAAUCAUCUUUGAUGAUUACCGCGAGGCCUACUACUGGCUUAGGCAAAAUACUCCUACCGAUGCUAAGGUCAUGUCAUGGUGGGACUAUGGAUACCAAAUCACUGCUAUGGGAAACAGAACGGUCAUCGUCGAUAACAACACCUGGAACAACACUCAUAUCGCUACUGUUGGACGUGCCAUGUCUUCUUAUGAAGACGAGGCAUAUGACAUCAUGAGGUCUCUUGAUGUGAACUACGUAUUGGUCGUUUUUGGUGGCGUUACUGGCUAUUCUUCAGAUGAUAUCAACAAGUUCUUGUGGAUGGUGAGAAUCGGAGGUGGAGUAUACCCAGUGAUCAAGGAACCUGAUUACCUUGUGAAUGGCGAGUUCCGUGUAGACAAGGGCGCAUCACCAAAGAUGCUGAACUGUCUCAUGUACAAGUUAUGCUAUUACAGGUUCGGCGAGCUGGUCACGGAAUAUGGCAAGCCAGCCGGGUAUGAUAGAGCAAGAGGGGUGGAGAUAGGGAACAAAGACAUCAAACUGGAACACUUGGAAGAAGCCUACACAACAUCAAACUGGAUUGUCCGUAUUUACAGAGUCAAGCCUCCCACAAACAGGGUGUGACUCUUUUAAGAGCUUCCAUCAUCAGAGAAUGUGGCUUUAGAUAGUUUGGUAGUUUUAAGCAGGAAACAAACUUAUAAUUUCGGAUUUUUGUUGGACAUGGUUCUGUUUUCUUGCAGAGACAACUUUUUGCGACUUAUUAUCGCGUAUAAGUUUGAAACAUA